AUGGAUCCAAGAGAUUUACUGGAAAACCUCAAGGCAGAUCUGACUUGCUCUAUCUGCCUGGGCUACUUCACAGACCCAGUGACUGUCAGUUGUGGCCAUAGCUUUUGUACAGUCUGCCUUCUGAGGUGCAGGGGAGAAGCAGAGUCAACAUUCCACUGCCCAGAAUGCAGAGGAAUCAUCGAAGAAGAUGAUGUGUUGCCUAAUAGGAAUUUGCAGACUAUGUCUGUCACUGGCAAAAGGUUGAGACCUCAUCUGCUUCAGAGCAUGAUGGACCUGCCUAUGUGUGAUCAACAUGGGGAAAAAGAGAAGCUCUUCUGUGAAGAAGACCAGAGACUUCUCUGUAAUUCCUGUUUAGUAGCGCCAGGGCACAAGGAUCACACAAUCCUUACCCUGGAAAUGGCUGCUGAGAAGUGCAGGGACAAGAUCAAGCACACGCUGAAUACCUUACAACGAAAAAAAGAAGAAUUUAAUGUUGCAUUGGACAGAGUGGGAAAUAGAGGGGAACUAUGUAAAAAGGGUAUACACUCUUUGAAACAAUCCAUUAUUUCAGAAUACAGGAAAGUACAUGAAUUCUUACAUGAGGAAGAACAGCUCUAUCUACAAAGACUAGACCAAGAAUACACAGAUAACUUGGCAAAACUGGAGCUCAACAAGGCCAAACUGUCACAACAAAUUCAAAAUCUAGAAAGAAUGAAAUUAGAAGUAGAGGAGAAUUUGGAGAAGGGGCCCUUGGAAAUGCUCCAAGAUGUGAAAGACACUUUGGAAAGGAAUGAGGAGCUGCUACUUCAAGAACCAGAGGUUCCUUCCUUUUCCUGGGCCACCAGCCCCAUCACUGGCUUGAGAGAGAUGCUCAUGAGAUUCCAGAGGGAUAUCAGUCUUGAUCCUGAAUCAGCCAAUCCACAUCUCAUCCUGUCUGAAGAUCUGAAGAGUGUCAAGUAUGGAGAUGUCCCACAGGACCUUCCUGACCACCAGGAAAGGUUUGAUCAUGCUCCUGCUGUACUGGGGGCCCAGACCUUCACUUCAG